AGCCCGUGUGCAGUAAAAUUCCUGCAAACUCACAGUCCCCCCUGACCUGGUUUUAUCAUGGAGCUCUCCCCCCCCUCCCUCCAUCUUCACACCGAGCAGACCUCUCUAUCUGGCCGCCAGACACCGCUGCAACCCCCGCUACUUUAAGAGUAAAAUUGGACCCCAGAGGAGGAAAAACUGAAGUUCUUAGCUGCACUAACUUCAUGUUUUAAUGAGUGAGACUGCAGAAACUUAAAGCAUACUAAGUAUUUUAAAGCAGCAGUAGUUUUGGGUGCCGGGCUCACCUCUGUGUGAAGUGGUACAGUCCCGUUAGUCUCCGCAGUCUGGAGUCCUGUGAGCUGCACAAGUUUAACACCGGGCGACGAGAAUGAGCAACAUGCGGAUUAAGAGCUGUUUACUAUAAAAAAAAAAAUACAAACGGAUUGUAUGAUGAACUUUUACCUGCUGGCCUUGUUACUGGGAGCAUCUGCGUGUGUGUGUGAUGGCGUGCAUGUCACAGUGCGGGAGAAGCAGCGCAUGGCGAUGCUCUUCCAGUCGGUGGUCCUCCCCUGUCAGUACCAGACGGCGUCUUCUCAGACUCCCGUGGUGCAGUGGUGGUACAAGUCUUACUGUCGAGACCGCACGCGAGAGUCCUUCACGCUGCCCGAGAGUCUCGCCAUCCAGACCUCGGAGCUCGGCGCCUCGUCCCACCUGGAGUGCUCGGACAGCGGGCGCACAGUCCGGGUCGUGGCGUCGGCGCAGGGAGCCUCCAUGACGCUGGCUGAGCACUACAAAGGGAGAGACAUCGCCAUCGUCAACAAAGCAGACCUGCGUAUCGGCGAGCUGCAGUGGGGCGACAGUGGAGUGUACUUCUGCAAAGUGGUCAUUGCUGACGAUCUGGAGGGGAAGAACGAGGCCCAGCUGGAGUUACUGGUGCUCGGCCGGACAGGUCAGCCCGACGAUAUCCUGCCUGAGUUUGAUGUGGAGAUUAUGCCAGAGUGGGCGUUUGUUGGAUCCGUCGCCCUUGGCAGCGUCUUGUUCCUGCUCCUGUUGGGAAUCUGCUGGUGUCAGUGUUGUCCUCACUCCUGCUGCUGCUACGUCCGCUGCUGCUGCUGCCCUGAGACCUGCUGCUGUCCACGACACUUAUAUGAGGCGGGGAAGAUGGCGAAGAGGGGACCCCCUCCUCAGGUUCCUGUGUAUCCGUACUACAUUCCUGGUGUUCCCUCGGUGGUUCCUCUUGCACCCCCGUCCCACGUGGAGCCAAAAACAAUCUCCUCUAUCCCCUCUGUGGAGAAUAACCUGUCUGGAGCCAGGAGCCUAUCAGAACUGAGCUCUCUUCAUGACGGAGGGACGACAGAUUUCAGACACACCUAUCAGACCGUCCAGAUGAAGGCGCUCCCGCCCAUUGCAGAUCUUGAAAACCACACUGUGAUGAGAGCGGCUCCGCCAACACAGAGUCGAAGGGCCAGACGGGACAGACGCAACCUCUCAGACGACGAGUUGGACAGAAGGUGGAACUGUAGCUCGGAGCACCUGCAGAGGAAGACGUUGAGCAGAAGGGGGCGCACGGGCUCCCUGGACGAGCUGGAGGAAUUCGCCCAGUCUUUUGACUCGCGCAGCCGUCGGGCUGAUCCUCCAGAACGACCGUACGAGCGGGAUUACAGCCCCCCCAGGCGCUGCUACAGAGACGAAGACGACGGGUGGCGUCGUCGCAGCCCUUCACCUCUACCACAGAAAAGAAGGGACACGUGGGACAGCGAUCGACCCUCUCGACCUCCCCAGAGCAAAGGAUACGACAACGCCUUCCUCAGCAAUGUGCUGGAGAGCAAGGCGAGGGGACGAGGAGGGGACAGACACGGUGCUAGACCGGACGAGGACAGUGACACUCCCUCCAAAGGAAGCUCCAGAGGCAAAGGCAGCGACAGCUACUACAGCCGCUCGCCCAGCAACCGUCCCGAGGAGGAGGACGGUUUACCUCCGUACUCUGAGUGGGAGGCCGAGCGGUACCGCAGGGCCGACCAGAGAACAGACGGGUACCGCACAGUAGAGCCUCCUCCAUCAGAGCGAUACAGGACCACUGAGCCCGCCAUGAGGCCUUUCUCGUACACUCGCCCCAACCAGGGAAUGUCCCAAACUCUACAGGGGGCGAGAGAGGAGAGAGAGAGGAGCCGAAACCUGAGCACUGCACUGAGCAGGGACACUAUCAUAGUGUGACGAGGUUUCCCAGCCUCCACCCGCUCAGCACUGCCCAAUCUGCUCAUGUAAACCGUCCUGUUGCUACGCAGGAGAGGCUAACUGUUCUGCCACCAGCCAUACGAAGUCUGAAACACCUCACUGAAAUAUCAGCUGCUAAAAUGCUAAAAAAUAAUUGUGCAUGAAGCUGCAUGUAGAUUUUUGUGUUGCUCAUUUGCAUGAAUUAUAUCUGGGCGUUUAUGCAUGUGUAGUCAUGUGGAUGUUGUGUAUGUUGAGUGUGCAGCAUGGCUACACUUAAAAACCUGUGCCAAGAUGUUUCUUUCAUUAUUUUAUUGCCAAUUCCACGGUGGUCUUUUGUCACAUCUAAUGGGACACACUACAGUCUUAUUUUCACAAGCAACUCAGGUUCACUUUGUAUUCUUUUUGUCUUUGUUUUUGAUACUGUUUCUGUAUACCUGUACUGUACCUUGGAUUUGUUUUAAUUGCACUGCUCAAAUACUUUUGGAAUAAUAAAAAACUCUAAGAAGUCCU